CCGAAGUGGAAAUACAACCGAAUCGCGUUUCUCUCUGUUGCGACGCUGGCAGUUCGACUUGCGACGCGCUGCCAGAAACAUCGUGAGCACCUCAAAAUCAAAACCAAAAACUUAUAUAUAGACAUAUUCCCGACUGAUCCCAGGAGAGCAAACUGACGCAAUGAGCGCCGUGGAUGCCAUAAUCAAUUACAAGCGCAGUCCCAACGAGGACUUUUACGCUCUGCUCCAUUGCGACGAGACCUCGUCGCUCGAGCAGAUCCAGGCCGAGUAUAAGGUCCUGGCCCUUCAGUAUCAUCCCGACAAGAACAGCGGCGACAAGGAGGCGGAGGCCAAGUUCCAGCAGCUAAAGGAGGCCAAGGAGACGCUGUGCGAUCCGGAGAAGAGGGCCAUCUAUGACAAGUGGCGCAACAGCGGCAUCUCCAUGAGCUACAAACAGUGGCUGGGCAUGAAGGAGCAUGUCGGUCAGGUGAGAAGAUACACGAUUGCCGAGAAAGUGGAUAAAGAGUCCAUGCACUGGGUUACACCCAAGACCAAGGAUCGCAUGCUGCCAGAGGCCGGAGGAGCUGGAGGCGCAGGUCCUGGAGCUGGAGCCGGUUCAGGAGCAGGCUGCAGCAGCGGUGGCUUGACCGCAGCCUCGCCCAAUCCCGCCCAUCGGCGGGCCUCGGAGGGCGGAGCAGCCUUGUACUAUGGCAGUCGCAAGGCCGAAUGGGGCACCGAGAACACCGAUGUGGCCAACAAGUUCCGCAACUACGAGAUCUAAGGAUCUAAGCAAGUUUCAAUUUAAAGAGCACAUCCCAAGUCAAACCAGGAGAGGAAGGGGGAGAAAAAAGCUAUGCAAUUAUAUCAAAAUAUUCAGAAUUCAGACAUUAUCGAUGUGAACUUAAGCGUUGCGAACUACUGAGCACAGAUACUCGGAUACACUCGUAUUUAGAUGUUUAUAGGUGUACAAAAAAGAUAUAUAUAUAAAUAUAUAUAGAGAAAAAUGGUAAUUAACUAACGUAUAUAUAUAUUUAUGACAAAGAAGAAACUGUAAUUUCAAUAAACAAAACCCUAAAAGCGGAGCGGCAAGAAUUUUAAGUUGCAAAUAUUGCAUAAUUAGUCAAAUUUUAAACGCAUAAACACAUAUAUAACAUAUAUAUAUAUUUAUGUAAUCAGUGUAUUUGUAUAUCGAUGUUUCAAUGUACCAAAAACAUGAAUGUACUACCCCCAAGACAAUCCCUUGGCCGGGGCUCCCCCGAAAGGGAGCUCCAAACAAACAAAACUAAGCUAACAACUGUAACUGAGCAACUAAACACUAAAAACUUAUACUAAACUAGCGACAGUCUAGCCAAAUCACCCACCAGCACACGAAACUAGAAAACGACGAGGGGAUGAUAUCCACAUUUAAGCGAAUUUAAACCUUUAUACAUUUGCAUAGUCAAAAGAAACUUUCACUCGGUGUCCUUUUUAAGCGUGCAACAUGAAUUGCGAAAAAAUCUCCACAACUGAAACUAUUUUAUCUACCUGAAAAAAAUAUAAUGAAAAUCUACAAAAAAAGCGACAAAAUAUCAAAGAAAGAAAUCAAAAAAAAAAAAAAAAGAGAGAAGAAAACAGAAAGAAAAUAAAUUUAUAUAAAUGUUUUGAUGGAUAGAGUGGUGAACUUUUCAACGUAUAUACAGAAUAGCAGAGAAUUAUUGUCAUUAAUUAUAUCGUACUAUUGAGAUAUUAUGCGCAGAGCAGAGCAAAUAAUUACUACAUAAAUGUUGUUGCUGGACUUAAAGGCAUUACUUAUAUAUACAUUACACAUAUGAAUGUUUGUUUUAAGACAUACUAUAUAUUGAAUUUAUUCAAAUACACACAUAUUGCGGAUUGAGCAGACCAGACCCAGAGAUCGGAUCGGAUCGGAUCGAGGCAUGGGAACAGCUGCAAGCCAAAGGCCAGAUGAUCCCGUAAUCCCCUUUGGGGACCGGGGUCCCAGCUAGUACAACUAAAGUACACAAUUAAUUAGUGUUGAUUCCAACUCAGCUGGCGAUUGUUAAGAGAGGAAAAUAAAGCAACAUUUUGAAAGGGGUUUCCCAUUCCUGGGGGAACCUCAGGUA